CACCACCCCGUCCGAUGUCUGCAGCUGCCGCCCCCGCCGCUGCCGCCGCCGCCGCAGCGGCGCCGCAAAAGCCCCUGUCCCUGCUCGAGAGCUUCAUGUGUGGUGGUCUGGCUGGGUGCGCCGCGGUGACUGUUACCAACAUCCCCGAAACGAUGAAGACGCGCCUGCAGCUCCAAGGCGAGCUGGCCAAGGCCGACGCCAACGCGCCCAAGGUGUACAAGAACGUCUUUGACGUGUUCAAGAAGACGUGGGCGAACGAGGGCAUCAAGGGCUUGCAGAGGGGCUUGAUGCCCGCGUACGGGUACCAGAUCCUGCUCAACGGAUCGAGGUUGGGCUUCUACGAGCCCGUCCGCCACACGCUGAACCGCGCGCUGGGGUACAAGCCCGAAGAGGUGGUGUGGUACACUUCGAUCACUGCGGGCAGUAUUACGGGCUGUAUUGGAGCGACCCUCGGCUCGCCCCUCUUCCUCAUCAAGGCCCGCAUGCAGGCGUACUCGCCCGUCCUCCCCGUCGGCGCGCAGCACAACUACAAGAACGGCUUUGAUGCGCUCCGGACAAUUGUCAAGGCUGACGGCGUGCCCGGCCUGUGGCGCGGUGUUUCGGCUGCCAUUUUGAGGACUGUCUGUGGCUCCGCUGUCCAGCUCCCGUCGUACAACUACGCAAAGGACGUGUUCACACGGUACGGCCUCCUCGACCCCAACUCGUUCUGGAUGUACCUCGCUGCGUCGGGCGUGUCGGGUGUCGUUGUUUGCGCCGCUAUGCAGCCCGCCGACACAGUCCUCACCCGCAUGUACAACCAGCCCACGAUUAAGGACCCCGUGACGGGCAAGACGCGCGGCGCGCUCUACACCAACCCCAUCGACUGUCUGUGGAAGACGGCCCAGGCCGAGGGCAUCAAGGGCUGGUACAAGGGCACCACGGCCCACUUCCUCCGUAUCGCGCCACACACCGUCAUCACCCUCGUCGCAAACGAGCUCAUCACAAAGGAGUACAAGAAGUACAUUCGGAGAGCAGACUAGAUGCGUCGUGUGAGUCGUGGACUUGCGUCCACGCGGAUACCUUGUAUGAUUUCAAUACUCAAUACUCAAUUGCAUCUUGUCCUUGUACACAAAAA